AUGAAGGCAGUCGCAUCGACUGCAAAGUAUUUCGGAAAAACGGUAUCUGGCACCAAAAAGUAUGUUAUGGCCGCAGAUCUCCACGAAAAGAUGGUGCAACUAAAACAGUCUGCUCCUUCUUCCACUUCAGACAUCGAUAUGCCUUCAAGAUUUGCUCUUCACCGACAUGAAUAUUACCUUAACCUACCUGUUUUGACCCUUCCUGAACCACUGGAUUUAGCUGCUACAGAUUGUCUUCGGGAAUACAGUCUCUUUUCCAUCAAACAACUCAGUCAACUGUCCACUCGCAUGGUUAAUUACCUCCACGAACGGGAACUCCUUUCCGAGCGAGAAAUAAUUGAGCGAAUGAAGCGAUCUUGUGAAAAGCCCACUCAAGAAGAUGAAGGUGACUCAGAAGAGGCUGAUUUAGGAAUUGAUUCUGCGCUUCAGUAUCACAAUCAAUAUCCGUUUUCCGGUUCUGACCGUAGUGAACGAGAGGUCAAUAGGGCUCACCUCGCCGCUUGGAAGUCAUUAGCAUAUACGGAGAGAAAUAGCUUGUUAUAUAUGGUUGGCCGUCUUUCGCCAAACUUUGCUGUCGCUUGUAGAGUUCUCUAUGAGCUCCGUAAACGAUGUCCUCUUUUUGUACCUCGCACGUUUUUUGACUUUGCAUCGGGGCUAGGAACAUACACUUGGGCGGUAAACACCGUGUGGCCAGUGGGUUGCAUUCGUGAGCAUCAUUUAGUGGAAGCAUCCAGACCAAUGAUGGUGCUUUCUGAGUUUCUUUUAUCUAAGCGAGGAGAGGGUAUCGCGCCAAAUACCACCGUCUUUCCUGGUGUUCGCCAUCGACAAUUUAUGCCCUCUGUUAAAUUGACCAGUGAUUUGGUGAUGUCGGGUUACGCUCUGUUGGAAAUGGCUGGAGAGCAUGAUCGUCGAAGGAUUGUGGAGAAUCUUUGGUCUCGUACUACCGAUUUUCUUAUUCUCAUCGAAGAAGGUACCAAGGCCGGCCAUGAUGCUCUUCUCGAGGCCCGUGAAUGGCUGAUUCAGAACGGUGGCGAGGACAUGUACAUUUUUGCUCCGUGUCCACACAAAUUUGCCUGUGCCAGGGCCGGAAUAGGAUGUAAAUCCAGCGUGCGGUACUACCAGUUUGGUUUGACUCGAGUAAAUCGUCGUUACAGAGAGUUCUAUUUCUUCAUCAUAUGCAUUUCAUCCUUUGCUUUCAUCACAUCUCUUAUCAAAUCAGUGUGA